AUGAGUACUCAGAAGUAUACCAUGGACGUCCAGGGACAGACAAUUAUCAACCUCCAGCACACCGUUACCAGUCUACAGGGUAACAUGAAUACUCAGAAGUAUACCAUGGACGUCCAGGGACAGACAAUUAUCAACCUCCAGCACACCGUUACCAGUCAGCAGUCGGCCAUUGCAACAAUAACACAAAGAGGUUUCGUAGGAGGAGAAUACUACAAUCACUCUGGUGGAGCUGCGAAUUUCUUGUGUAUGCCGGAGGUCCCCACGCCUGGACAGAGCCACUAUAAUACAUAUCCAGGCUUCAUAUACGGCGCCGAAAUUCAACGAGGGUAUGACCUGUUUGGCCUCCCGCAGAAUGACGAAGAUGUUUCUUGUGCUGUUUGCAGAAACUCCGUUCACGCCACCUCAGUUAUGAUCCCCGGGAGGACAACGUGUUUCCCGGGCUGGGUUGAGGCUUACAGUGGCUUUAUUGUCGCUGGCUACCCAGAUCAUCCUUCGAACACAGACUACAUAUGUAUGGAUGGACAUCCACAGCCAGUUCCGGGUGGACAGGGGGACGAUGAUGGAGUACUGCUCCGUCCUGUGGUGACCAAGUGUGGGUCUCUGCCAUGUCCUCCAUACGAGAACGACAAAUUGGUGCCUUGUGUUGUUUGCAUGAUGUGA